AGGCAGAGCAUUGACUAUCCUUAAAUGGACAGUUUAGGAAGGAAGCAAUUCCUUCGCUGCGUUAUUUUCCUAUAAUAUCUCUUAUCCUCCUCUUCAAGUCGAAGAGCUUCUGAAUCACUUUGUCAAUUUCUAAGUGCCUAGUAUUCAAUAUCACCGUCACUCCUUACGCGGUGCAAUCUCCUUCUACCUCGGUCAUUUAUUCUUAUUAUUUUAUAUUUCACUUUUAGCAGUGGUAUAGCUCAUCUUAUCUUGUUUAUCUAUUCACUAAGAAUCAAUUGUCCGACAAUCCUUCUUUGUUGAGUGACUAUAAGAGGGUAUUCGUUAUUGUCUUUGCUGUUCACAGUAACACAGCAAGAACAAUAGCAUUGGAACUCGACAGCUUUCCAUAUAUUUUCCUGUUAGUUUGACUUCAAGACACUCAUUAAAAUCACACUCUACAAAGAACUUCAACACUUUCAUUGAAAACUCCACGAAGUUAAACUUUCGAAGCUAUCAUCAGGAACAACACACGAAAUUCAUUCGAUCUUUACAACUAAAAAUAUGCCUUCAAAUCAAAUGUUCAGUCGCAUCGGUGCUGCGUUGAUUCUCGCUGCUGGCAGCGCGAACGCCGCAUAUGUUAUCAACCACUCGUAUGACCACACAAACUUCUUCUCUCAAUUCAGCUUCUUCUCUGGUGUUGAUCCAACUCACGGCACGGUGGCAUAUCAAGACGCGUCUUCUGCCAAUAAAACAGCACUCGCUGGAUAUACCAACAACGCUGGUGUCGAUGCCGUCUACCUCGGAGUAGACCAUACUACCGUGCUCACAGGAACUGCUGGAAGACCCUCAACUCGUGUGACCUCAAACAAGGCUUACACUCACGGCUUGUUCAUCGCUGAUGUCGCCCACAUGCCCGAAGGAUGCGGAACUUGGCCUGCAUUGUGGAGUUUUGGUGAAGACUGGCCAACACGUGGAGAGAUGGACAUUAUCGAGGGAGUGAACGCUGGAACCACAAAUCAGAUGACACUUCAUACUUCUGAAGAUUGUGUCAUGAAAAACACUGGAUCUGCCUCUGGCACCACUCUUGUCAACGGAGACUGCAAUGCUGGCAACGCAAAUACGGGAUGUGGUCAGACAGUCAAAGACACAGUUACAUACGGUCCAGGGUUCAACGCAGCUGGAGGUGGUGUCUAUGCAUGGGAAUGGACCUCAGACCACAUUGCCAUCUACUUCUUCCCUCGUUCAGCCAUUCCAGAAAAUGUCCAAUCUGGCAACCCAGACCCAAAAAAAUGGGGAAAGCCAACGGGCAUGUUCACGGGUAGCGGUUGCGACAUAGAUACUCAUUUCAAGCAGCACAACAUUAUCCUCGACACUACUUUCUGUGGUGACUGGGCUGGUUCAGUCUGGACAAGUGGAGGUUGCGCAGCUAGCACUAAAACUGCCACUUGCGAAGCAUACGUUAAAGCCAACCCAAGUGCAUUCAAGAACGCUUACUGGAUCAUCAACUCAAUCAAGGUUUUCUCCUCAAAAUAAUGAGGCAGUAAGAAGGAAGUCAUGGAUGAGCCGACAUCUUGGGGGCGCUAGACACGCUCUUUUCAAAUUCAAUCCUUUUCUAUUUACCACAUUCACACUUUUUUUCACCUCUUACACUUCACACUAUGUUUUCAUGAAUAUUAUUUUUGUACUUUAGCUUGCGUCGAUAGAUUCUUUGGCGUUCAGCAAGGGAAAUACCACAACUUCAUUCGCAGCAUUGGCAUCACUUUGUAAAGCGGAGGGCGUUUUGGUUGAAAAGCACCUACAGGAUUGACUGCUGGAGCUGAUUUACAUAAAGAUACCUAUCAAGGGGGAUGAUUGAUUUUUUUGGUGGACAUGCAGAUGCAUGAAGAAAAUGUCGUACUCUAAAGAUUACCAUUUAUUUUCCUGUAUUGCCAAUUUUUGUUCAAUGAUAACUCC